CACUUCCACUCGUAAAGUAGUACAUGGUAAUAUAACAAUCAAACAAGUUGGUGUCACUAUGUCCAACUCCAACACCAAAAACCACACGCUUUUAUAUAUUUUUGCUACCCUCCUGCUAACUUCUCCUGUCCUUGGAACUCAUCGUUCAGACUCCAACAUUAUCAAAUCCUCGUGUGCCAUAACCUUAUACCCAGACAUAUGCUAUUCUACACUCUCCUCCACCAGAAACCUUGCAACUAGAAAGGAUGUAAUCCAACUUGCUAUCCAUAAAACAAAAGAGAUCAUCCAAGAAAACUUCAUGACCAUAAAGAAGCUCAUGGUCACUGUCAAUCUCACCAAACGCGGCAAAAUCGCACUCCAUGACUGCUUAGAGAUGAUAGCUGGAACUCUUGAAGAUCUCGACAUGGUGAUCCGAGACCUCGAGGCAUAUCCAAGCAAGAAAUCCCUUCAGGAACAAGCCAACGACCUCAAAACCCUCAUGAGCACCACCAUUACCAACAAGGAAGCCUGCUUGGACGGCCUAUCCCACGAUGCAGCCUGCCAUCAUUUGCGCAAAUACAUUAUUCAAGGUCAGGAUCUCGGGGGUAAGAUGUGUAGCAAUGUUCUUGCUAUGAUCACGGACAUGACAGACACAGAUAUGGCCAACAACCAGCAGGCAGAGUCGAAUGUACGAAAGCUAAAGGAGGAAAAGUUGAUGAGGCGGCAGGAGUGGUUGUCUAGGAAAGACAGGAGAUUAUUGUGGGGGAAAGUAAUGAGGCCAAACGUGAUUGUGUCGAAGGAUGGUAAGGGAAACUAUACUACGGUGGCCGAAGCCGUGAAGGCAGCGCCAUUCAGUAGCAAAAGCAGGUACGUGAUAAAGAUAUUGGCAGGGGUGUACAGGGAGUAUGUUGAAAUUCCAAAAAACAAAACCAACUUAAUGUUUAUUGGGGCCAAUAGAAAUAACACGAUUAUUACUGGGAAUAUGAGCGUCGGCGGCGGCAGCACAACCUGGAAAUCCGCAACCGUAGCGGUUAAUGGUAAAGGAUUCUGGGCACGUGAUAUAACAUUUCAAAAUUCAGCCGGAGCUGCGUUACAUCAAGCCGUGGCACUACGUGUUAGUUCUGAUUUAUCGGCAUUCUAUAGAUGUGGUAUACUCGCAUACCAAGAUACCCUUUAUGUCACCUCCGGCCGUCAGUUCUUCGUCAACUGCAUGAUUGUCGGCACUGUUGAUUUCAUUUUUGGUAAUGCUGCAGCUGUCUUCCAAUUUUGUAACAUCCUCGCUCGUCGUCCUGAUCCUAACCAAGGAAACAUGCUCACUGCUCAAGGCCGAACUGAUCCUCAUCAAAACACUGGGCUCAUCAUUCAGAAGUGCAAACUCGGUGCAACUUCCGACCUAGAACAAGUUAAAGCCAAUUUUAAAACGUACCUUGGAAGGCCAUGGAAGAACUAUUCAAGAACGGUGAUCAUGGGAUCAUUAAUUAGUGACGUGAUAGAUCCUGCAGGAUGGUCCCCUUGGAAGGGAACUUUCGCACUAGACACUUUGUAUUAUCGAGAGUACCAAAACACGGGACCUGGGGCUGAUACGUCAAAGAGGGUAAAGUGGAAAGGUUGGGGUGUGAUGAAGAAUAAAAUUGAGGCUAUACCUUUCACUGUUGGAAGCUUUAUCAAUGGUUGGACUUGGUUGCUAUCCACUGGCUUCCCUGUCUGGCCUCUUUGGUAAUGGUAAAUGAUAUUUAGCUAAUUAUUACACCUCUAAACUGGGUCAUGACAAUUUCCUUAGUUUUCUUGUGAUUUUUAUGGAUCAAGCAAAAAGUUUGAUAGGCUAGGGAAAGAGUUUGUUAAACGGUCGAUACCGUCAAACGGAAAGAAAUAGUUUUUUUUUUAUUUUUUUU